UGUAUUUUCAGCAAAGAGGAUGAAACAGACAAGGAAAUGUGAGGCGGUGUUUGCCUACAGCGCCGUGAAUGAAGAUGAGCUGGAGCUGGUUGUUGGCGAGACUAUUGAGAUCCUAAAAGAGAUUGAAGAUGGAUGGUGGAUGGGGGUAAAAAAUGGCAAAGUGGGAGCAUUUCCUUCAAAUUUUGUCAAAGAAAUCUUUGUUUCCCCCAAAGACAGCAAGCACAAUGAGGGCAAGUCAAGACCCAAACUCACAGAUGCAGUGUUCACUAAGGAGAUAACUCAAAAAGCAAGUCUGAGGAAGAAAGGCAAAAAAGUGGUUGAGUGCUGCCAAGUCAUGUUUGACUACAAGGCCAAGGCAGGGGACGAGUUGGAUCUGAAAAAGGGAGACAUUGUUGUGCUACUAAGGAAGGAAACAGAAGAUGAAGGCUGGUGGGAGGGAGAGAUAAACGGACGCCAUGGCCUCUUUCCUGAUAACUUUGUCAUGGAGAUACCACCAAUGGACAGUCUGCAAACUGGGACCACAAGCCAACUGCCUGCACGUAACAUCAGCAAGAAACUUGCAGUGAAGGCAGAGGCAUCAGCGAUGGAGAAAGUUGGUCCAGCAAAGACAAACGAUGAUAAACCAGAGACCAAGGACCUGAGAAGCAAUCCUCCGACCAAAGUCAAGUUGCCAUCCAUCAACAGGCCCAGUCCACCUCCAGUCAAAGACAAACCUGUCAAGGUUUUACCCAAUAGAACCAAUGGCGAUGUGGCUCCUCUUUCACCAAAACCAGCAGAGGAGAAAGACACCAACCAGUUUGAAGGAGUGGAUGUGCAGACCGAUAAGCUGAGCCACCCAACAGCAAACAGAGCCAAACCCCCUCAGAGGAGACCCCCGACAGGCCAGGUCACCACGACACAAACUCAGGGUGCCAUUGAUCAGACAGAACCAGAACAACUGCCAAAAAAGUUCCAACCAGAGAAAUUACCUGGCUUUCAAAAGGGUACGGAAAAUCUCUUGCCAUCACCUGCAAAGCCUGAGCCAAGACCCAAGACACCGACUCCUGUUCGACCAGCACCACCCAAGGUAGUUGUGGACGGCAAAACUGCGACCCAUAACGAAAAGCCUACGGUGGAAAGCCUGCAGGCUGAGGUCAGAGAGCUGAGGAUGGCUCUGGAGCUGCUACAGACACGACAUGAGCAAGACAUGCAGGAAGUGAAAGAAGAACUGCAGAAAGAGAGAAGCAAACAACUGGCACUGCAGGAGGAUGUCAACAGUUUGAAGAUGAAGCAUUAACUACACAAUGGGGUGGCUGUCUGACACUGUUUUGAACAGGCUCUCAAACUGAUAAUUCAAACAUUUAAGCAGCUUUCUGAUGUGGAACUGAAUAAGCAAGCUCUUCCACUAAACAACGGCUCAUUAGAAAGUAUAAUUGGACAUAGGAUCUUCAUCCUAUGGACUGGACUAGAAAAACUUGAUCCACCAAAAGUUUAAAUGAUAUACAGAGCUGUUCAAGUUAUUUGAAUGUUGGAAAUGAUAAACAUUGGUGUAAAGUGGGUGAUGCUUGGUAGAUUGUUAUAUUACAACUGUCACCUCUAUCACAUUCCUAGGUUUUACUGUACUUAACCAUUUACAUGAUGCCCCAGCAGAAUGUGUAAUAUAUGCAGCUGUAAAUAGGAGGAAAUAUUGUUAUGUCUUUUGCAAAGAACUAAAAACGAAUUUUAAGUCUUUGAGUGUUGUUAUCUGAAUGUUUAUAGCUGAAUUACUAUGGUAGAACAUGGAGGUGAAUUUCCACAUAAGAAUGUAAUGCUGCAUAAAUCCACUGGGGGGCAAUAUAUGUCAAUUCUUCUAUAUAAAGAGAAGCAUUACAACUUUU